AUGGGGAGGACCGCGAUACUGGGGAUCGCGAGUUUGUUGCUCCUUGCUCUGGGAUGCGGCGCGGCUGAGGUUGACUUUGAGCUUCAGGCGGCCGAGGACGACGACGAUGCCGUUGUUUUGGAAGCCCCAUCGAGACGCAGAGGCCGACACCUGUACAUCCAGAACGAGUACUGCGUGACGUUGAAGGGCGCGGUGGGCAAGUGCUUGACCUUGAAGGAGUGCUACCCGUACUUUAAGAUCCCGAACUUUCCGGCGCUGGAGGGCUGGGUUCUCGGUAUCUACGACACCUGCAGCUACACCGAGAAAGACGGCAGGUUGAGCUACGGCAUCUGCUGCGCCGAUCCGCCGCCUCAACCCCCGAACAUCGACGCGCCCCCUGGUGGACCGAUCAUCGAGGCACCCGACCCCCACCAGGAGUUGAGCGUCAACAGUCCCAAUAGUAACCCCCAUGGAGGUUGGCCGCCCCCUCUGCCAACCCACCCUCCGCACCACACGGUCAUCCCUCCGCUGCCGACGCACCCGCCGGGCCAUGGCGUCGCGGGCUUUGUUCCACCGUCGACGUCGCUGAUCCCACCAAGGCCAUCCAAGGUUCCCUCGACGAGCCAUAGGCCGAGCGUCGCCACGACUUGGCCGACCAAGCGCCCCGGUGGUUUUCCCUCGGCCACGGGGCCUCCGUGGGUGGCUGGCUCUUCGGUGCACCCGCCCUCCAACUCCCUGAACUCGGCCUGCGGAUCCAAGAACGGCGCCCAGGAUGUCUACUACGCCCCGCCGAGUGAAAAGGAAGACGACCCGAGGAUCGUCGGGGGCACCACGACCCAGCAGGGAGAGUGGCCCUGGAUCGCUGGGCUGUUCAACGCUGGUAGGCACAUAUGCGGCGGCUCCCUCAUCGACGACAGGCACAUCCUCACCGCGGCGCACUGCGUGGCCCAAAUGACAUCGUGGGACGUGGCCCGGAUGACGGUGAGGCUAGGCGACUACGACAUAAAGACGCCGAACGAGGUGCGCCACGUUGAGAAACGGGUCAAGCGGGUCGUCCGACACCGGGGCUUUGACAUGCGCACCUUGUACAACGAUGUGGCUUUGCUGACGCUCAACGAGCCCGUCGAGUUCACCGAGACCAUCAGGCCGGUUUGCCUACCCUCCGGCUCGAGUCUCUACAUCAACAAAAUGUCCACCGUCAUCGGAUGGGGCUCGCUCAGGGAGGGCGGACCUGCUCCGGGUAAAUUGCAAGGAGUGACAAUAAAAAUUUGGCCCAACUCCAUAUGCAAACAAAAAUAUGGCAAUGCAGCCCCCGGCGGUAUAGUCGACAGUUUUCUUUGUGCCGGGGAAGCAAACAGAGACUCGUGUUCCGGUGACAGUGGUGGUCCGCUAAUGGUAAACGACGGUCGCUGGACUCAAGUGGGUAUCGUGAGUUGGGGCAUCGGCUGCGGCAAGGGCCAAUACCCCGGUGUGUACACGCGCGUCACGCACUUCCUGCCAUGGAUUUACAAGAAUCUCAAGUAGACUAUGCUCGAGAAAA